UUACGACACCACUUAGGGUCGUAUUUGAUGCCUCCCAUAAAACUAGUUCAGGGAUGUCAUUAAACGAUAUUCAAUUCAAAGGUACAAUCAGUCAGGACAAAAUAACGAACAUUUUGUUAAGAUUUCGAAAACACAAAUACAUCGUUAUCGCAGAUGUAGCUCAAAUGUACAAAAAUAUAUAUGUUCGAGAAGACCAACGUCACCUACAAUGCAUUCUAUGGCGUGAAACACAAACUGACCCACUACUCACCUACAAAUUAACGAGUCUCAGUUUUGGUCUGAAAUGUGCACCCUAUAUAGCGACGCGGUGCCUGACGCAACUAGCGAACGAAAACAAAGGUGAGUACCCGUUAGCAUCCGCCGCGAUACAGCAUGAUUUUUUGAUGGACGACUACGUUCACGGCGACGACGACGAGCGCAGGCUAGCAGAGACCUCAGUACAGGUCGACCGUAUCCUGAGCACAGCUAAUUUCAAAUUAAGAAAAUGGAAAUCCAAUUCGAAAACCAUCUUAAACGAGGUAAGUCACAGUACCACACAUGACACAUACAUAACCACCCCGAUAGGUCAAGAUAAUAAUAACACACACAAAGUAUUGGGUAUUGUAUGGGAUAAUAAUGAGGAUCGAUUAAGUUACAGAUUAAAGCGGGAACCAAUGUCAAAAUCAAUAACAAAACGUUACGUUUUAUCUAUAGCCUCGUCGAUAUACGACCCGUUAGGUAUGUUAGGACCAGUAAUUAUCAUUGCGAAAUGUUUCAUACAUAAACUUUUCAAAUUAAAGUUUAAUUGGGAUGAAAAACUACCGAUUCAAUUAAUUAAUGAAUGGGAAACAUUCUAUAACAGUUUGUUUACGUUAGACACACUAUCUAUUCCAAGGCGAGUCGUUAUCAAUGAUUACAUAACCAUAGAAAUGCACGGAUUCUCAGACUCGUCCUUGACCGCUUAUGGGGCCGUUAUAUACAUACGAUCUAUAGAUAAACAGGGCAGGAUUAUGGUUCGAUUAUUGCGCGCGAAAUCGAGAGUUGCGCGUGAGGAAACUAUUCCACGAUUAGAGCUGCGAGCUGCCUGGCUGUUAGCCGCAUUGUCUGACGACGUAAACAAUGCGCUUAAAUUUAAAUGGACGAAACAAUACUUCUGGUCAGAUUCAAAUGUAGUAUUAGCAUGGAUAAAAUCACCACUACAAAAAUUAAACACAUUCGUAAAAAAUAAAGUAAAUGACAUACAAAAAAUUACAAACAUCGAUGAUUGGCGUUGGGUCUCUUCUGGUAACAACUCAGCGGAUUUGUUAUCUAGGGGUCUAGCUGCUGAAAGGUUAGGUAGUAGUUCAUUAUGGUGGCAGGGGCCCUCCUGGCUUUCCGAGCCCAUCGAGAAGUGGCCUACAUUUCAACUACCCAAAACGGAAAUAACGUUACCCGAAACUGAACAAGAGACACAUUGUAAUAUAAGUACAAACAAGUCAAGCGAGUUAAUUACAAACUUAAUAAAAAAAUAUUCUAACUUAAAUAAACUCAAUCGAGUAUUUGUUUACAUGCGAAGAUUCAUUCACAACUCUAGACAUCCGAACAAUAGAAUAGUCGGGGUCUUAUCAGUAGAUGAAAUGCGACAUGCGUUGCUCGAAUUAAUUAGAUUUGCACAAACAGAAUCGUUCCAAAUGGAGUACAAGUUACUAAAAAAUAGUAAACAACUACCACAAACAUCAAACAUAUUGUGUUUGAAACCAUUUAUGGAAAAUGGGAUUAUUCGAGUAGGGGGACGCCUGGAACAGUCCUCAUACAAUUACGAUAAAAAACACCCAAUACUUCUACAUCACUCACACACACUAACAAUUCUUAUAAUGCGUGGAGAACACAUAAGAUUAAUGCAUGCAGGGCCACAGUUAUUACUUUCAUCUGUCCGCGAGAGAUAUUGGCCGACACACGGUAAGAUCGUCGCUAAUAAGGUUGUACGAGAAUGUAUAACGUGCUUCAGGAACAGUCCGAAGAUCUACUCACCGAUAAUGGGUAAUUUACCAAGGUCAAGAGUAACUCCAGCACCGCCCUUCCUCACAACUGGCAUUGAUUAUGCAGGACCCUUUGCGGUGAGGGACAAAAGGGGGCGUGGUUACAGGUCAUACAAAUGUUACAUAGCAAUUUUUAUUUGUUUUUCGACAAAGGCAAUUCACUUAGAGUUAGUUUCAGGUCUAGAAACUCAGCUCUUCCUGUCUGCGCUGCGAAGGUUUACGUCCAGGCGAGGUAUACCAAAAACAAUACUGCAGCAGAUCCAAUGCGACUUCUGGAGAAGAUGGUCAAGAGACUACAUAGGACUGCUUCAAGAACGCACGAAAUGGAGAAGCUGCAAGGGUGCCGGACUCGACGUGGGUACCAUUGUGCUGAUCAAAGAUGACCGACUGCCGCCCUGCCAGUGGAGGCUGGGACGCAUCGUCGGCUGCUGCCCGGGUCGCGACGGCAUCACGCGGGUCGCAGAGAUGCGCACGGCGCGUGGAAUAAUCAAGAGAGCAUUCAACAAUAUCUGUCCAUUACCGAUUACAUGUUAAAAUGCCUUUUAUUGUAACAAUCAAAUAACUUAUAACUAGUUAAAUCUCAUUUAAUACCCUUAUAGUUCAGUUUUAACAAUUUUGGUCUAUUAGUUACCGAUAAUAUGAUAGGUUGUGGAAUAUUUUAGCUUACACAUUAAAUAAAGGUUAGGCUUCAAUAUUGUAAAUAGUUCGUAGUCGUUAGGAUUUAGAUUCGAAAUUUAAAUAUUAAAAAUACAAAUAAGUAACUACUUAAUUAAAUCUGUUAUAUUAGUACCAUCUAACUAUUGAAUUAAACGUGCUAAUAACAUGAGUUUCAUUUCCUUAGAUAGGUAGGUAAUAACAGAUAAAUAAAUUAUUAUUUGGGCAUAAGCGCCAUUCGAAA